ACUAGCAUUCACCCACAAUUCAUGGCAUUCUUCCGGUUUCCUUUAUAUGAUUUCUAAGAUGGCGGACCGGCGACGGCGAAGGAGACGCGCGUCCCAGGAUAGCGAGGAGGACGAUGAAUCUGGUUCGGGAUCGGAAAGUGGAAAGUCCCUUUCGCCAACGACAAAGCCCCGAGUACGGGAUCCUGAGCCAGUUGAGGCACCAGCUGUUCGUGUGGUGCCGAAAAACGAUGCUGAAUCCGAGUGUGAAAGUGAAGAUGGCGUAGGAGAAGCUGUCCUUUCUGACUAUGAAAGUGCAGAUCCUGAGGAGAAUGGCUCCCAUUCAGAGGGAGGUGAAGAAGAAGAAGAAGAGGAGGAGGUGGUCCCUCCACCGGCUGCAGAGCCCAAACCCAGUCCUGCUGCUGACACCCCUGCUGCAGUGGGGGAACUGCAGGAAGGAGGAGGGAAGGAAGAGGGUGAGAAAGGUGUGAGUAAAGAAGUGAAGUGUGAAGAUAAAAGCAACCUGGCAGGGGAGCGGCAAAGCGGGGAUGGACAGGAAAGCACAGAAGACUCUGAGAAUAAAGGUGCUAAACCAGGCCAGAAGCUGGAUGAUGACCAGGAUCGUAAUAACCCAGCCUAUAUCCCCCGUAAGGGAAUGUUCUUUGAGCACGACGUCAGAGGAAAYGCACAGGAGGAGGAACGGCCGAAGGGUCGUAACAGGAAGCUGUGGAAGGACGAGGGUUGCUGGGAACACGAUAGGUUCAGGGAGGAGGAGCAGGCGCCUAAGUCACGUGAGGAGCUGGUUGCAAUCUACGGCUAUGACAUCCGCAACGGAGGUGUCUCCAAUGAGCGGUCCUAUAGACAGCGCAAGCCCAGACACAGCACCUCUCCAGUCCGGGACAAGCGCUGGCGGGACGGAGACGGGGAGAGGCCCAUCCAUACCUCCUGGCAGCAGGGAGGGAACCCCAACAGCCGUAGCGCUCCCCUAGCCGUGGCCCUGCAGCAGUCUGAUCCUCCCCCCUCAGCAGCCCCCAACACCCAGCGCAACAACAACCCCCCCAGGCCCUCCUCCCACCCCCCACCCCGGGGCUUCCAGGGCAACCGCCCCCCCCAGGCCCAGAAGCCCAGCCCAAACCCUCGCCUCCCCGGCGCUCCUCCCAGCCCGUCACCGUCAAACCUCCCCCACCAGAGGUAGGGUACGGCCCGGAGUGAGCCCCAAACCCCAGCGACCCAACAACCGGACCGGAGUGAGAAGCCCAGUCAGGAGGUCAGAUCCUAGCACGGCGUUCCGAACGGCUACGCCAGUUGGAAGAGGGCGACGGACAGGGAGACUGGGGUCUGCAAUCGAGGACCAGCACCACGUGUGGAGCGGAUUAUGAUUUAAAUACAAUGUUAUCUGGGAUGUUAUCCGCCUUGUGUUCAGGUGCCACGUUGGUUGGUCGUCCACAAUACUGAAGGGUUGUUGUUUUGGUUCAACUACCAGUGUUUUGCCUCUGAGGAGUGCGUUCUUUAAAACCCUAUAAAACGUAACCAUAUAAAACCGUUAAAGAACGCCCUGAAUAACAACUCCUCUGUAAACAUUACGUGACACCCGACACCAACGAUGACAUUCGUAGACAUUUGUUCCUUCUAACAAUCUGUCGUUCAACUGUAGGUAUAUUCAUGCAACAAAAAAAAACGUGUUUUUUAAGCUCGAACAAAUGUUUAGGACUGGCUUAAAUGUGUCGUGAGUAUUAUGGAGAGAAUCUAACUGGGAUAGUUGGUCAUUUAUAUGGGCUAGCUAGAGCUGUUUGUCCCACCCACCAGACAAUCCUGCUAAUUUUCUAGCUAACAUUUACACUCCCCUACGUAUUUAUUUGGACAGUGGAGCAAAACUUUGAAUGUCUCUACUCCAGCAUUUUGGAUUUGAGAUCAAAUGUUUCAUAGGAGGCGACAGUACAGAAUGUCUUUUUUUGGGGGGGGGGUUCUUUUCACAAAUAUAUUUUUUUCCUUUUUAGAAAUGAAAGCCAAACAUUUUGAAGAUGUCAUAAAUAUUUGGCCAAAUUCACUUGUGUGGUAAAGUAGUCAGGUUUCUGAACAUUUCUACAUGAAUGUGGAUACUACCAUGAUUACAGAUACUCAUGAAUGAAUCUUGAAUAAUGAGUGAGUUUGAGCAACAAAGAUCUUGCUAACCUCUCACCAUUGCCGAUAAGAGGUUUAGCAUUUUUUGGGUGGUUAUGAUAUGCAUGCCUCUUAAAUUUCUUAGUCAUAAUUAUUUAAGAUUUAUUUGUGAUUAUCCGUAAUCAUGGAGACAUCCUUAUUAAUGUUCCAAAACAUUCUACUUUUAUUUACAAUAAGUGACUCCCAAAGUGACAAAUUAUUUACCAUUCAUUUCUAUUGGGCACAACAUAAUCUGAAACGCAACCAAAACAAACUGUGAAUGCAUCCAAGUUUGUAGCUUAACAAGCUUGAUGUCAUUGCGUGCUAUGAAUAUGGGACCAAGUACUACACUUGACUACUUUUAAUACACAAAGUGAAUUUGUCCAAAUACUUAUGACAUCUUCAAAUGGGGGUACUAGAUGCGUAAAGUGCUUUAAUUUCUAAACAUAACAUAUUUGUACGGAAAUACUUUCCAGUUAAUGGUAACAUUCUUUAGUCAUCGUAUAAAACAUUUAAAUCUCAAAUAAAAAUGCUGUAGUAUAGAGCCGAAUGGGGGGG